UUUGUGAUCAAAUUUGAAAGAAAAAGCUUAAAUUGUUUUUCCUGUUUUGAGUUAUGCAUUGAUGGAGUCUCACAAUUCGGUUCAUGUUGAGUGAUCGAUCAGAUUAUCUACUGAAUAUUGUUAUUUCGCACUUAACUACAAUUCAGGAUGUCAGACACUUGGAGUGAUAUACAAGCUUUCAAGUCUAAACAAAGCAGUCUGCGUGAAAAGUUUCAAAGACGAAAAAAAGAGAGAGAAGACUUAGUUUUAAACAUCGCUAAAGAAUUAAGCACAGGUAGUCCAAGAAGUGAUAGUCCAAUUCCAAAUACAAAUGCUGCUAAAGAGGGAACCGUUACGAUUACGGAAAUAAAAGCUGAUCCUGUUGUUGAAUACAAAUUAUUACUUUGCCUGUGUGAUGCUAUUAAUUUGCCUACUGAUUCUAGGAAUUUAGUCUCAACUAUCAUAAAAUCAUUGAAUAAAGAUGUGCCACAUGUUGUUGUCGAAAAUUUGCUACAAAAAUUUGCAGCUCAAGAAUUGAUAACAGUUGCAGAAAGUUUUACACCAGAAGGAAAGAAGUGUUUAGUUGUAUCCUCUGCAGAACAUACAAAGCUACAAGCUGUAGCUAAUGAUUUGUGCUUAGAAGAUCCCAACUUAAGUAAAAUGCAUGGGAGUGAGAAAAGGAAAAGUGAAGUUGUUCUAGAUCAAGAACCUAAAGCAAAAUUAGUUUGCAAGAGCAAAGAUGCUUUCAAAAGCAACAGAAAUUCUGAUACAAUUGAAAGUUUAUUAUCUUUACCAUCAGCAAGAGAGAAAGAAACCAAAAAACUUGGCGAAGAGAUUUUGGAUUUGCUUAGCAAGCCAACUGCCAAAGAAAGAUCAUUAGUUGAGCAAUUCCGUUCUCAAGGGGGUGCACAAGUGCAGGAAUUUUGCCCUCAUGGUACAAAAGAAGAAUGCACUAAAGUUUCUGAUGCAAAUCAACCUUGUAAUAAAUUGCAUUUUAAGAAGAUUAUUCAAAAACAUACUGAUGAAUCAUUAGGAGACUGUUCCUUUCUAAAUACUUGCUUUCAUAUGGAUACUUGUAAAUAUGUUCAUUAUGAAGUUGACUAUUCAACUGUUGCUCAAGUGUCAAAAAUACAGAAAAGUGAAAAUUCAGAUACAAAUUUAUCUCAUGAUGGCAUCAAGCCAGUACUGUUUCCGCCACAAUGGAUUCAAUCGGAUUUGCGCUAUUUUGACAUGACAAUAUUGGGCAAAUUUGCCGUUGUGAUGGCUGAUCCUCCGUGGGACAUCCAUAUGGAACUUCCUUAUGGAACAAUGUCAGAUGAUGAAAUGAGACAUUUGAACAUCCCAAGUCUACAAGAUGAAGGUUUAAUUUUUCUUUGGGUAACAGGACGGGCUAUGGAACUAGGACGAGAAUGUUUACAACUCUGGGGUUAUGAAAGAUGUGAUGAAAUAAUUUGGGUAAAAACUAACCAACUGCAGAGAAUUAUUAGAACAGGAAGGACAGGCCAUUGGUUGAACCAUGGAAAAGAACAUUGUCUUGUUGGUGUUAAAGGCAACCCAAAAGGUAUCAACAGAGGCUUAGACUGUGAUGUCAUAGUAGCUGAAGUUAGAGCGACUAGUCACAAACCGGAUGAAAUUUAUGGAAUCAUUGAAAGACUUUCACCUGGCACAAGAAAAAUAGAGUUAUUUGGACGGCCUCACAAUGUUCAACCUAAUUGGAUAACUUUGGGUAAUCAAGUCGAAGGUGUCCGUUUAAUAGAUCCCACUUUAAUUGAAGUUUUUAGAAAAAUGUAUCCUGAUGGAAACUGUAUGAAAAAGCCUGAACCAUGAUCUUAAUACAGUUAGAAUAAAGUAUUUUAAUUCUAAAUUAUUGUUCUGAAAAUUUCCAAACAUUCUGUUG